AUGGCGGCCGUGGUCCAGUUAUGCGUUGGCAUCUACGUCCUCGUGUACCACAUAAGUGUUGCUGAUGAGCACUUCGACCUGCUUCCCGCCUUCCUGCUCGACGAGGAGUACACCUUUGUUGGGGUGGACAUCAACAAUGAUGAGAAAAAACUCAAGCAUGUUGGUCUGGUGGUACAAAACUUUGUGGAUAUCCAGAAUAUGUGGAGAGUGCCUGAUCCAGUGACGAUUAAGCCAAAGUAUGGCUUGGCUGACUACGCUGGUUCCAUCAUGCACCACAGCUACAACAAGAUGAAGGACACUCUCAAAGAAGAUGACCACCAUAUAUGGGCAGAAGCGCCCUUGCCCUUGAAGAACAUCUAUUAUGCUUCCAUGGACGCGUAUGCCACCUACGACGUAUACAGGCGGUUGGUGAACUUCCAGAAGGGGUUCGAGAGUCAGCGCCAGCAUCUCGCCAAACCAUCUAGGCGGUCAAAGAAGUCCGGAAGGAAGAAUGAAUCAACCUAA